AUGUCGACGCACGCUCCGACUCCCCCUCGGGGCACUAAGCGUGCUAAUCCGUUCGAUGAUAGCGACCGUCCGUCCCGUACCUCAUCCACUACCCGAUAUGAUCGAGACCGAGAAGCUGAUCGAGCAGCACGAGAGAAGGAAAGGGACCGCGAAAGAGAUCGUGAAAGAGAGCGGGAAAGGGAUCGUGAAAGAGAACGUGAGAGACGUCUCCGAGAACGAGAGAGAAGCCGUUCUCGCGAUCGAGAGCGAGAAAGGGAACGGGAACGGGAAAGGGAACGAGAUCGAGACAGAGAUCGAGACAGAGACAGGGAAAGAGCAUACGACAGUGAUCGAGAUGCCUACCGUGGAGGAGCUGAUAGAUAUCGCGGUAGGAGAGAUUCGAGGGAGCGAUCAAGAGAAAGAGGAGACAGAUAUCUUCCAGGCCGAGACAACAGAGACCGCGAUCGCGAUCGUGACCGGGACUUAUCAAGAGACAGAUCUAGAGAACGUGAGAGGGAGAGGGAACGUGAAAGACGAGAGAGGGAACGUGAGCGAGAGCGAGAGCGCGAACGAGACAGGGAAAGAGAAAGGGAAAGAGACCGAGAAAUCGAGAGACGCGAGAGAGAACGUCGCAGAGACCGUUCUAGGGACCGUUCUCGGGAUCGUUCUAGGGCCAGCUAUUAUCGAGACAACGGCAGAGCCAGAUCACGAACCCGAUCCAGAUCGAGAGAUAUAGGGAGGGAUAGGGAUCGUGUUCGAGAUAUCUCAAGAGAUAAAUCUAGAAAUAGAUCUAGGGAUCGCUCUAGAGACACCUACCGUCGAAGAGACCUCUCACGACGGCGUUCACGGGAUAGAGACUGGGUAAGAAACACCUCUAGAGAAAGAUCGCGAUCCCGUGACCGUGAUAGGGAAAGGGACCGAGAAAGGGACCGGUCUAGAGAGAGGGAGCGGGAGCGGGAACGAGAACGAGAACGUCGAGAAAGGGAAGCCGACCGGGAAAGGGAAAAGGAAAGAGACCGCCGACUAGCUGAGCGCGAGCGUGAGAGAGACAGAGAAAGAGAGGAUCGAGAUCGUGAGCGUGAACGAGAAAGAGAAAAGGAGCGGGACAAGGAAAAAGACAGAGCUAAGGACACUGACCGACGCCGCGAGCGCACCCCAGAGAGGAAGCGUGAAGUCUCACCGACCAAGCAGAAAGACGAAGCAGCGAAGCAGCCACCACGAUCCUCUUCUUCAGGCCAGCAGCAACCACCUACGGCCGCGCAAGAACCUGAAGAAACGCCUGAAUCAAAAGAAGCCGCGAUGGAAGCCACCUAUAAAGCAUUCGUUGAAAAUGGAAUCUAUGACGAGAGUUUAGUCCCUGAAGUCGAUCCAGCUGAUAAGCAGCCCUCCGAGACGGCUAUAACAACCACCUUCAAAAAGCGAGGGCAUUUUGAUAAUUAUCGAAAGCAGUUCUUUUCCGAGUUCGAGAAAUCCGAGGACGCUCAGAAAUUCCUCACCGAGCUGAAAGACUUCAUGCAAAAGGAAUUGGAGCGAGACCCCGAAUUCUACGACAAGGAUAGUACAGCGAAGACUGCAUCAUUGCUCGAAGGAGCGGUUGAGAGAAGCGACGUCUAUCGCACCAUCGAAAAUGCUGUCGACAAAUUUCUCACAGAACACAAAAAUGAGAUGGGCAUGAAUGUCUUCAACAUCUGGAGUGAGAUGUUUGUGGAUAUCAACGGAAGGAAGCCGUACGAACUUAAAGACAAAGAGAAAGGCGGGAAGGCUGGAGAAGGAAAGGAUAAAGACGGAGAUUUGAAAAUGGAGGACGAAGGAGAAGAGGGACGCAUCAAGAAGGAGAAUGAGCAGUUAACACUGAGUGGGCUCCGAGGUGCUAGUGAGAGUAGCAUCUCCCCUGUUACAGAUGAUGGGACUCCCAGGCGCGCAGGCGAAGUCAAAGUCUAUUAG